UCUUCACCAUUUACCCAUUAUUUUCCCAGUGGAUCCCUCCCAAUGUCAGAAAAGCCAAGCAACCCUGGUAUUGACGACAUGGGGUCUACAGAAGUAAAUGUCGACGAGUCUGACAAUGAUCUGUGGCACGAACAAGAAAGGAGAACUCAUAGUUUUGGACUUGAAAAUGGUGGUUAUCGAAUGCAUCAGGCAGAUGAUAAACAUCUGUCAUCUUCUGCAGAACGCAGUUAUGUACCCUCAAGUAGGAAAAACCGGCCGACAAGGGGAGAUGAUUUAGAAAAUUCACACUCUCCAGUCAGAGGAAGCAGUCAAAUUCAGAGUGAGGAGAGAACUGCAGGCUCUAGAUCUGUGUCUGGUGCUAGUUCCGUCCGAAGCAGGACUUCAUCUGAAAGCUCUUGGGAUGGGUCAACUACAAGGGGGUCAAAGCCAGCUAAAGAUAGACGGAACAGGAAAGUAGUGUCUGGGGCUGCAUCUGCACUGUAUGGAAAAGGAAAGAGUGUUCCUGAGCACUCAAUCCAGAUUGAUGAUGAUAACAGAGAAUGGAUU